AUGCAAAAACAACUACCCUUUUCAUGCGAAAAGGUUGAAACGAUUGAGAAGCCAGAUUCACAUAAACAAAGAACACAGAACUCGCAGAUCUCUUCUUCUUUGUAUCCACAGUUGGCGGCUCUGAAGCUGGAUCCAGACCUUGACGGCAACCCACCUUACCAUCCUUCAGCACCACCACUGUACAACUCUGCAACACCCAGCGAGAGCAGGCCGCAACCACAAGCAAGCUCAGAAACAGCCCGUCCUGAAAUGCCUGGUCCAUCACAAGACUCUACAACCAAACCCCCCUCUCCAAUUGCACACAGACUACGUCAAUCCAAUAAAGAAGACAGCCUUCAACAUGCCUAUGGUUGA